AUGGGUUCUCGCUUGUUUCCUCUUGGAAUGCUGUUUGUUGCUUGUGUGAUGAGCACUGGGACAAUGCCGGUUGCAGCUCGUCACCUUUUAGAUGCUUCCUUACCAGAGCAUGAGCAUCCCAAGGCAGAGUUGCCAAAACCUGAACUUCCAAAGCCUACCUUGCCCGAGCUUCCUAAACCCGCAAUGCCCGAACUCCCGAAGCCCGUUUUUCCUGAGCUUCCCAAGCCCACAUUGCCUGAACUUCCCAAACCCACAUUACCGGAGCCCCUUAAACCCACUGUGCAUGAAUUGAAUGAGGCGCCCAAGCCUAUCGAGCAUGAAUUGCCCAAGCCUACACUGCCAGAGUUGCCAAAACCUAGUGUACCUGAAAUGCCUAAGCCCGUCUUACCCGAGAUACCAAAACCAACCUUACCAGAGCUCCCCAAACCCAUUGUGCACCAAGUACCCAAGCCAACACUACCGGAACUACCAAAGCCUAAAUCCGUUGAGGCGCCCAAGCCUACUGAGCAUGAAUUGCCAAAGCCUACAUUACCAGAACACCCUAAACCUAUUGAAAUGCCUAAACCCCAUUUGGACGAGCUUCCGAAACCUAAGAUGCCUCAACUUCCCAAACCUACUUUUCCCGAGCUGCCAAAGGACACCAUGCCAGAGAUGCCCGAGUUGCCCAAGCCCUCUCUACCAGCAAUGCCAAAACCCAGUGUUCCCGACCUACCUAAGCCCACAACUCCUCAACUCCCCAACUCAUCCAUCCAAAGCAAGCCUUGA